AUGAACCGAAACCACGAUUACAACGAGAGCGCAAGUUUCGAAUCAUCUCAAACAGAAUCAGACACUAGUGGCUCUGGCUGGGAAAGUGGCUUCAUCAACCUAGAUCGCUCUACAGCGCGCUAUUCCAGAAAAAGCUCUCGGGCUCUUCGGGUUGACAAGGGGAUACGCAAGCGUCCUGCAAAAUCCAUUUCUAGCAGCGACUCCGAUAAUGAUAUGGCCCCUAAAACUUUGCAUAAAAGAGUGAAAUAUCGGAUUGCGAAAUCUCAAAACAAUCCGACCAAGCUUCAAGUGGGGGCUAAUAUCACGGAGAACCUCUUGAGCCCUGAUGAGUCCGAUGAGCUCGAUAGCGAGGACGGCUCUGAGACUGAUCCAGAUAUUGACACAGACGAUACAAUCUCAGAAAGCGAGGAUAAUGGCUAUGCCGACACUACCAAGGAAAAUGUAGCGGGAAUGUACGAUCUUUGGGAAAGAUUUUGUCGGAAGCAGUAUAAGAAAGGCGGAAUUGGCAUCAACUCCCAGUGGGCGAAUCCAAAUAAUGCUCUGAAAGUAGCCAGUAAAUCUGAAUUCACACGAUUCUUGCGCUGGCGCCUAAAGGUCCGGCGUAGUAAGAACGGCCGACAGGCGAAAGGAGUCAAAAAAGCUAGUAUACUGGAUACUAAUUGGAAGAACUUUCUUCGGCAUUACGAGAAAGUCAAUAAAAACCCAAUAGACGGGAGCCUGGGUCGAAGGAUGAGAAAGAGUAUUCGGAGAAUUAUCCUACGGGCAGGACUGGAUACCGAAGAGAAAGAAAAGACGCCGAUGUAUAUUGAGGAUUUGGUUCCUCUCCAGGAAACAGUGCUCCGAACUAUGGAAAAAAGAUUUUAUACCGGAUUACAGAGAAUACAGUAA